AUGGCGGCAACAAACCCAAUUUUGCCCAAGAAGGGCGAGCGCAAUAUUCUCAUCACUAGCGCACUGCCAUAUGUGAACAAUGUGCCUCACCUGGGCAAUGUUGUCGGCUCUGUCCUGAGUGCUGAUGCCUUUUCGAGAUACCACAAGGCUUGUGGACGGCAAACACUUUACAUCUGCGGAACGGACGAGUAUGGUACAGCCACCGAGACAAAGGCAUUGGAGGAGAAGGUGACUCCGGAGGAGCUCUGCGCCAAGUACAACAAGAUCCAUCAGGAGGUGUACGAAUGGUUUAACAUUGGAUUCGACCACUUUGGUCGCACUCCGACUCAGCAACACACCGAGAUCUCCCAGGCGAUAUUCAAGCGGCUCCAGGAGAACGGCUUCCUGGCUGAGCGCACUGCCGAGCAGCCUUUCUGUGAACAACACGGCUCGUUCCUGGCGGAUCGAUAUGUCGAGGGUGAAUGUCCCCGGUGCCACUACGACGAUGCGCGUGGAGAUCAGUGUGACAAGUGCGGUCACCUCCUGGAUCCCUUUGACCUUAUCAAGCCUCGGUGCAAGCUCGACGGAGCAACCCCUGUGCGCCGCGAGACAAAACACAUCCACCUGCUGCUCGACAAGCUUCAGCCGGAGGUUGAGAAGUGGGCUAACGAGUCAAUUGCCAAGGGUCAGUGGCCUAAGAACUCACGGAUUAUCACCGAGUCAUGGUUGAAGGAGGGACUGAAGGACCGUGGUAUCACUCGCGACCUGAAGUGGGGUGUCCCCGUCCCGCUGGAUGGAUUCGAGAACAAGGUGCUGUAUGUGUGGUUUGAGGCUUGUAUCGGAUACCCCUCGAUCACCGCCAACUACACCAAGGACUGGGAACUUUGGUGGCGCAAUCCGGAGGAUGUGCAGCUGUACCAGUUCCUGGGUAAGGACAACGUGCCUUUCCACAGUGUCAUCUUCCCCGCCACCCAGAUCGGUACUCGCGACCCCUGGACUAUGAACCACCACCUGAGUGCCACAGAAUACCUACAAUACGAGGGCGGCAAAUUCAGCAAGUCCCGCGGAGUUGGUGUUUUCGGUACCAACGCCAAGGAGACCGGUGUGCCCGCGGAUGUGUGGCGUUACUACUUGCUCAAGAACCGUCCCGAAACCGGCGACACUUUCUUCGAGUGGCGAUCAUUCGUUGACUCUAACAACAGUGAGCUGCUGGCCAAGCUUGGUAACCUCGUUAACCGAGUCAUCAAGCUUGUUGCUGCGUCUUACGGAUCCGUUGUUCCUGAGUUCACCAUCCCGGAGAGCUUCGCUCCUUUCCAGGAGGAGGUCACUACUCACCUGCGCCAGUACAUUGAGGAUAUGGAGAGUGUUCACAUCCGUGCAGGUGUCGCAACUGCUAUGCGUAUCGCCGAGGCUGGUAACGGUCUGAUCCAGGCCAACCGUCUUGAUAACGCGCUGAUUGCCAAUGAGCCCGAACGUGCUGCCGCCGUUGUCGGAGCUGUUCUGAACCUGAUCCACCUGCUAUCCUCUGUGUUCUCUCCAUUCAUGCCCGCUACCGCCAAGUCGAUUCUGGAGCAAUUGAACUCCCCGGUUCUGUUGAUCCCUAGCCUCGAGGAACUCAAGGAUGGAUGGAAGCCUACCAGCAUCAAGGCUGGCCACAAGAUUGGCAAGGCCCAGUACCUGUUCUCGCGCAUUGAUCCCAAGAAGGCAGAGGAGUGGCGCGAGGCUUUCGGUGGCUCUCAGGCUGAUCGGGCCAAGAAGGCCGAGGAGGCUGCUAAGGCCGCUGCUAAGAAGGCCGCCGCGAAGGCCAAGAAGCUGGCCAAGAAGGAGCAGGCCAAGGCCGCUGGAAGUGUGGAGGCUACUGCCAAGGGUGGAGUUCCCGUUUCCCAAGAAGAGGCUGUGCAGAGUGUCACCGACGGCGUCGCACAGGUUACCCUUCCCUCAUCUUAA